GAACGCAACGCACGCAGUCAGGACAGGUCAGAGCGCAGCUGCUGUUCUUCUUGUCAUAUUUAGUAAAAAUAAAUCGCUAUUGUCAAAAGAAGAAUCGUGCUUUCCUAAUUUAUACAGAAGGGAGCUCUGUGUAAGCUAUUAGCAUGUCAGCAAAGGCAAUCUCUGAGCAGACAGGGAAAGAGUUCCUCUACAAGUAUAUCUGUACCACGGCCGUUGUACAGAACCGUUUCCGCUAUGCUAAUGUCACUGCGGCCACAGACUGGGGCCAGCUUGUCCAGGAUCAUCCAUGGCUCCUGACUGAGCGAUUGGUUGUGAAGCCAGAUCAGCUGAUCAAGCGCAGGGGGAAGCUGGGAUUGGUGGGUGUGGAUCUUGACUUGCAGGGUGUCAAGGAGUGGCUCAAACCCCGCCUUAUGAAGGAGACUUUGGUGGGAAAGGCAAAAGGUUUUCUGAAGAACUUCCUCAUAGAGCCAUUUGUUCCCCACAAACAAGAGGAGGAGUUUUAUGUGUGUAUCUACGCGGCACGUGAGGGUGACUACUUGCUGUUCCAUCAUGAGGGAGGGGUGGAUGUGGGUGAUGUUGACUCCAAAGCUCAGAAGCUCUUGGUGGGCGUGAAUGAGAAGCUUCACCCUGAUCCCAUCAGGCAGAAACUCCUCAGCCAUGCCCCUGCUGCCAAGAAGGACAUGCUGAGUAGCUUCUUGAUGGGCUUAUUUAACCUUUAUGAAGAUUUGUACUUCACCUACCUGGAAAUCAACCCUCUGGUGGUGAGUCAGGAUGAAGUGUAUGUGUUGGACAUGGCUGCUAAGAUCGACGCUACAGCUGAUUACCUGUGUAAGGCCAAGUGGGGUGAUGUGGAGUUCCCUCCUCCCUUUGGCAGAGAGGCCUACCCUGAGGAAGCUUACAUAGCAGAUUUAGAUGCCAAGAGUGGAGCUAGUCUGAAACUCACUCUCCUCAACCCUCAUGGGCGCAUCUGGACCAUGGUAGCAGGAGGUGGGGCUUCAGUUGUGUACAGUGACACAAUCUGUGACCUGGGCGGAGUCAAUGAUCUGGCCAAUUAUGGGGAAUAUUCGGGAGCUCCCAGCGAGCAGCAGACGUAUGACUAUGCUAAGACCAUCCUGUCCCUCAUGACCCGAGAGAAACACCCUGAUGGUAAGGUGUUGAUCAUUGGAGGAAGCAUUGCUAACUUCACUAAUGUAGCUGCUACAUUUAAGGGGAUUGUCAGGGCAAUCAGAGACUAUCAGGUCCCUCUGAAGGAGCAUGAGGUCACCAUCUUCGUGCGACGGGGUGGCCCAAAUUACCAGGAGGGGCUCAGAGUGAUGGGAGAAGUGGGUAAGACCACUGGCAUUCCCAUCCAUGUCUUCGGCACAGAGACCCACAUGACUGCCAUCGUUGGUAUGGCACUAGGCCAUCGACCAAUCGCCUCUGAGCCACGUGUUGCUGUGCACACUGCCAACUUCCUGCUCAACACCAGUGGCAGCACGUCGACUCCAGCUUCCAGUAGGAGUGACUCUUUCUCUGAUGCGAGAAGUGAAGCAGGAGCACCUCCUGCCAGACCAGGGGCUUCAGCAGUCUCCACAGCAAAAGCCACCACUCUGUUCAACAGACACACGAAGGCCAUCGUAUGGGGCAUGCAAACCCGGGCAGUGCAGGGCAUGCUGGACUUCGAUUACGUGUGCUCGCGCAACGAACCCUCCGUGACCGCCAUGGUCUACCCAUUCACUGGGGACCAUAAGCAGAAGUUUUACUGGGGACAUAAGGAGAUCCUGCUGCCAGUCUACAAGAACAUGUCGGACGCCAUGAAGAAGCAUCCGGAAGUGGAUGUGCUCAUCAGCUUCGCUUCCCUGCGCUCGGCCUAUGACAGCACCAUGGAGACGCUGCAGUAUGCGCAGAUCCGUACUAUUGCAAUCAUAGCUGAGGGGAUUCCUGAAGCACUAACCCGCAAGAUCAUCAAAACAGCUGAUGAGAAGGGCGUCACCAUCAUCGGGCCUGCCACGGUGGGUGGUAUUAAGCCCGGUUGUUUUAAGAUCGGUAACACGGGUGGCAUGCUGGAUAAUAUCCUGGCGUCUAAGCUGUACCGUCCGGGCAGCGUGGCCUACGUGUCUCGCUCUGGGGGCAUGUCCAAUGAGCUCAACAACAUAAUCUCCCGCACUACAGACGGGGUGUAUGAGGGUGUGGCCAUCGGCGGAGACAGGUAUCCUGGCUCAGUAUUCAUGGAUCAUGUGCUGAGGUAUCAGGACACACCAGCAGUGAAGAUGAUUGUUCUGCUGGGAGAGAUUGGAGGUACAGAGGAGUAUAAGAUUUGUCAGGGCAUUAAGGAAGGCAGGAUCAGUAAACCUGUCGUGUGCUGGUGUAUUGGUACCUGUGCAACAAUGUUCUCCUCUGAGGUGCAGUUUGGCCAUGCUGGAGCUUGUGCAAACCAGGCCUCAGAGACUGCUGUUGCCAAGAACAAGGCCCUCGGAGAGGCUGGAGCCUUUGUUCCCAAAAGCUUUGAUGAACUGGGAGAGGUUAUCAAGUCUGUUUAUGAUGACCUUGUGAACCGUGGUGUGAUUUUGCCGGCUAAGGAAGUUCCACCUCCCGCUGUGCCCAUGGAUUACUCCUGGGCACGGGAACUUGGUCUGAUCCGUAAGCCUGCAUCCUUCAUGACCAGUAUCUGUGAUGAGAGAGGCCAGGAGCUCAUCUACGCUGGCAUGCCCAUCACAGAAGUCUUCAAAUCGGAGUUGGGGUUGGGCGGAACCCUUGGUCUGCUCUGGUUCCAAAGGAGGCUUCCACGAUAUGCAUGUCAGUUCAUAGAGAUGUGUUUGAUGGUGACAGCAGAUCAUGGCCCCGCUGUGUCUGGUGCUCAUAACACCAUUGUGUGUGCUCGUGCCGGCAAAGACCUCAUCUCCAGCUUAACAUCAGGACUCCUCACAAUCGGUGAUCGGUUCGGUGGCGCUCUUGAUGCUGCUGCCAAGCAGUUCAGCAGUGCAUUCGACAGUGGCCUGCUGCCCAUGGAGUUCGUCAACAAGAUGAAGAAAGAUGGCAAACUGAUUAUGGGCAUCGGGCAUCGGGUCAAAUCUAUCAAUAACCCUGACAUGAGGGUGCAGAUCCUGAAGGAAUUUGUGACGCAGCACUUCCCUUCCACCCAGCUACUGGACUAUGCUCUGGAUGUGGAGAAGAUCACCACCUCUAAGAAACCCAACCUCAUUCUGAAUGUAGAUGGCUUUAUUGGUGUGGCCUUCGUUGACCUGCUGAGAGUGUGUGGGGGCUUCACACGGGAUGAGGCAGAUGAGUUUGUGGAGAUUGGAGCACUAAAUGGGAUCUUUGUUUUGGGACGGAGCAUGGGCUUUAUUGGUGGGUCACUAUCUGGACCAGAAGCGUCUGAAACAGGGGCUGUACCGCCACCCGUGGGAUGACAUCUCCUACGUCCUGCCUGAGCACAUGUCCAUGUAACAAUGGAAACGAUACCAAUCACACUGUCAAUGCAAUAGUCAUCAUUGUCUUUCACUUGUGGCCUCUAGGAUUAAGUAGAUUGGGGUUUCUUGUUUAUGUAGUAGUCAUAUCUGUGAAAGUGCUGUGCUGUCUUAGGCAGGUGGUCAGGAAAUACAUUGCCUUUAAAUUCCUGCAGUGUUGAUGCAAUAUAUUGCUAUUACUAUUGCACAGUUCUUUUAUUUUAAAAGAGAUCGCAAUGGUAGAGAAUAGUUAACUUAAAAGUAGUCUGCAAUAAUUAAGGAAAAAGACAGCUCACAUGUUUUUUGUUUUUUUUCCCCACGCCUAAAUGGAGGUUAACGCAGAUCCUCGGUGCGCCUGUAUUGACUUGUACAGCUGUAACAUGAGUUCUCAUGUUUGAACACUCUUCAGAUUAUGACUGUCUAGCUUUUGGUAUUCCAUCUGUAACUAAAAGUUUGUCAUUACUACCUAAUGCCAAAAAUGACUUGCAUCUAUAAUGAGCUUUACAUGUUAAAAUGAAUGGCAAAAUUAAUAUUAUGGGGGAAAAUAACUAUGUAGCUAAAUUUUUUUGUAGAACUUUGUUUUCCUUUUAAAAAAAUUAUGGAUCACCAUUUUUAAAAGGUCAUUUUACCACCCUGUUGUCCCUAACAUUUACAAAAUAUCAAUUAUCUAUUGCUACUGUCAGAAUGAAAACAUUAACACUUAGGAUAUGUAUGUAUGUAUGUUUGUUUGUUUGUUUGUUUGUUUGUUUGAAUAUUGAUGUACGAUAGGUGAUGCCCCUUAUAGUUACUUGUACCUUGAGCUGUGAAAAGUCCAAAAUGGCAAUAAGCUGUGAAGGAAAUAAAAUGUGUAUGAUGGAGCAUGAA